AUGUGCGAGACAGCCAUGCAAAGGUCUGGCGGAGCUGGUGCUUCGUCGGAAAAUUUGGCACAGUGUCCGCUCACCGCCGUGCACCCGUAUCGCCCCUCCUCCUCCUCCACCCAGCUUCAGUGUGCACCCGUAAACCAAAUACCAGUCCGCAUCCAACAACGGAGCACGAGACGAGACGCAGAGGAAGGAGAAGGCAUCAUACGUAAUCCGCUGAGAAAGGACCGCAACGGAGGGAGUGGCAUACCACGACCUGCGUCAAAACAGGCGCCUCUCUCUCUCUCUUGCUGCAGCACCCUUUUCGUCCCUCCGCAUCACUGCCCUUUUGCCGCGC